CAGCGCACGCUUCCCGCCGCCGCCUCCCGGCAGCUCGCCACUGCCAGCAGCAGCCUCCCAGCCGGCAGCCCGAGAGCGGGCCCCGGACCGAGGGCGCUGCCGACAGCCGGGCGGCCCCGGGUCCCGGGCCUCCCGCGCUCCUCCGCCCCCUCCUCCCGCGCCACCCACCACCCCUCCCGCCCGCCCACUUCCAGCUACCGCCUCUCCGGCCGGCCGGCGCGCGAGAGGGAGUGGAGCCCAGGGCGAGCGAACGCGAGCGAGGGAGGAGGAGGAGGGAGGGGACCCGGCCUCGGCCGAGAUUUUUUUUUUAAGAGGGUGGGGGUGGGGGCGAUCGCUGGUCGUUUGUUGUGGCUGUUAAAUUUUAAACUGCCAUGCACUCGGCUUCCAGUAUGCUGGGAGCCGUGAAGAUGGAAGGGCACGAGGCGUCCGACUGGAGCAGCUACUACGCCGAGCCCGAGGGCUACUCCUCGGUGAGCAACAUGAACGCCGGCCUGGGAAUGAACGGCAUGAACACCUACAUGAGCAUGUCCGCGGCCGCCAUGGGCAGCGGCUCAGGCAACAUGGGUGCCGGCUCCAUGAACAUGUCGUCGUACGUGGGCGCGGGCAUGAGCCCUUCUCUGGCGGCGGGCAUGUCCCCCGGCGCGGCGGGCGCUAUGGCGGGCAUGGGCGGCUCUGCAGGGGCGGCGGGCGUGGCGGCGGGUAUGGGGCCGCACCUGAGCCCCAGCCUGAGCCCGCUCGGGGGGCAGGCGGCGAGUGCCAUGGGCAGCCUGGGCCCCUACGCCAACAUGAACUCUAUGAGCCCCAUGUACGGGCAGGCCGGCCUGAGCCGCGCGCGCGACCCCAAGACGUACCGGCGCAGCUACACGCACGCCAAACCGCCCUACUCGUACAUCUCACUCAUCACCAUGGCCAUCCAGCAGAGCCCCAACAAAAUGCUGACCCUGAGCGAGAUUUACCAGUGGAUCAUGGACCUGUUUCCCUUCUACCGGCAGAAUCAGCAGCGCUGGCAGAACUCCAUCCGCCACUCGCUCUCUUUCAACGACUGCUUCCUCAAGGUGCCACGCUCGCCCGACAAGCCUGGCAAAGGCUCCUUCUGGACCCUGCACCCGGACUCGGGCAACAUGUUCGAGAACGGCUGCUACCUGCGCCGCCAGAAGCGCUUCAAGUGCGAGAAGCAGCUGGCGCUCAAGGAGGCCGGGGGCGGCGCGCCCGGAGGCGGCGGCAAGAAAGCGAGCGGCGCGCAGGCCGCGCAGGCCUCGCAGGCGCAGCUCGGGGACGCCGCUGGGCCGGCCCCCGAAACGCCGGCGGGCACGGAGUCGCCUCACCCGAGCGCUUCCCCGUGCCAGGAGCAUAAGCGAGGCGCGCUCGGGGAGCUGAAGGGGACACCGGCCGCGGCGUUGAGUCCCCCGGAACCAGCACCCUCACCAGGGCAGCAGCAGCAGGCGGCCGCGGCCCACCUGUUGGGCGCGGCCCAUCACCCAGGCCUGCCGCCCGAGGCCCACCUCAAGCCGGAGCACCACUACGCCUUCAAUCACCCCUUCUCCAUCAACAACCUCAUGUCGUCGGAGCAGCAGCACCACCACAGCCACCCCAGCCACCACCAUCCACACCACCACCACCACCAGUCCCACAAAAUGGACCUCAAGGCCUACGAACAGGUGAUGCACUACCCGGGCUAUGGCUCUCCCAUGCCCGGCAGCUUGGCCAUGGGGCCCGUCACGAACAAAGCGGGCCUGGACGCCUCGCCCCUGGCAGCCGAUACCUCCUAUUACCAGGGGGUGUACUCCAGGCCCAUUAUGAACUCCUCUUAAAGAAGAUUGAUUCAGGCACGGCUGGGGCAAGGAAAAGAACUGGAGGAGAGAGAGAGAGCGAGGCAGUGGCUGGAGACUUUAGGAAGAUGGAGGAGGUUGGACCGAUGUGCACAGCCACCCCCCAGGACAAGUCCUCCCUCACCUCCCAAAGCUGUCCUACAUUGGAAAGGGGAAGAAAA